AUCACCUCCACCACCCGACCCCCAGGAGCAGCGCCCGCGCCGACCCCAUCAACAUAGACGCCUCCCGGCAGCACCGGAGCCCGAGGAGUGGGUUGCAGGAUUGUUACAGAUGCCAAUGCAGAUUUGUACUUGAACUCUGCCUCCGCCCCCCGCACUUCACUUCUUCGGACAAGGAGACAGGUCAGCGCCAUUUUCCUCCUCUCAUGCGGUCCUACACGUUAAAAUGCUGGUGCAGGUAAAGUACAGCCAACAGCAGAAGUAUGUGAAGUUGGAUGAGGUUGAAGGACAGUUUGACUUUCUGCAUUUCCAUGUAAAAGUCCUCGAGAGAUUUUGCCUGCCACCUGAUGCACAGGUUAUAUACAAGGAUGCAACAGGGACAGAAGUUGAUGCAGAAAUAUUCAGCGACCUCGUUGGACAAGGCAAUGCAGUGCUGACAGUUUUCUCAAAUGAUGAAUUUGAUAGCUCCUUGUCUUCUUCCUCUGAGAUGUCUGACUCAAGCUUCAGCUCAAGUGCAUCAACUGUAAUCUUGGAUGAGGUCCCUAGCAAGAGACAAAGAAUUGAGGAUACACGUGCAGUGUCUGCUAAACAGUUGAUUGAAGUUGUGCUAAGAGGCAAGUCCGGUGGUGAAAAAGUACUACAGGAGUACCAAACAACAGAAACCCUAACAGAUGCUACGAGGAGACAAAUGGUUAACAUACUGGUGGCUCACAUGAUUGAUAAUCAUGGGCACCUAGCCACUAAAGCAAUCCGAGAAGAGUAUGCUCUUGGUAUAGUGAUGCUGUUCCCUUCCCUCAAGGAUCCAUAUUCCAAGAAAGGCUAUGUGGAUCAAGACUUCGCUCUCCUAUUUGAUGACGAGACAUCCGUCAGGCUACUUCAGAAAUGGAAUGUGUUCUUCAAGCCAAAUGUCAUAAAAGAGGCUAAGCGGCUUACUUCAACACCAGAGUUGCGUCGCUUGGUGCAGUCAGCAGAAAGUCCCCCAGGAAGUGAUCUUGAUGAGGCAGCAGCCUACGACCAAGAAAUGGCCUCGCUGUUGUUGCUGAUACAUCUCCUUCCACCACCGCCAGGGGGUCCCAAGUCUCCAAAGAUUAGUGCAUGUGACGCAGUUGAGAGACUUGUAGUCUUUCAUAAGUCAUGCUGCAAUUUGGAAGAGCAUCUCCGCAACCAGCAGGGUCGGCAGCCGUACCUCCUCGCUGUUGGGUGUCAGAAGAGUAAGAUUGACAGCUUGUACAUUGCCAUGGAUAAGCAUCUCAUCCCAUGCCAGGCAAACCGCUCCCUUGGGGCAUGUGAUGAACUUUUCAAAGCACAUUUUGUGUUUAAUGUGUCUUAUGAUGCUGCAUUUGUAAAUGUUUACACAUUCCUGCAGACAACAGUGUAUAACAUUAAUGUGGGGAAAAUGAAGGAGUCACCCAGAGUUAGAGACCUAAGAGCAAGACUGCUUAACCAGCCAGUAGCACUCUCACUCCAUGAGUAAGAGGCUAAGACAAUGCUGACCUGUUUCAUGUGUCAGAAAUCGUAUCCCAGCAGUCAUCAGUUGAUUUCACAUUUAAGAGUUGAACAUGGUUACUAUCCUGGACUCAGGUUCAAAUUGCUUUGUUCACAGCAAGGGUGUAGGCACCAGUUCCAAACAUAUACAGCUUUUCGGAAGCACCUUAAUAGUGUUCAUAGUAAUGUUCAGCAAGUUCCUCAAACUUCAACUGCUGCAUGUUCCUCUAGCG